AUGGAGCUUCCAUUUUGGCCUGAUUUGGUUUCUCUCUUGGAAAAGCUGAAUGGGCGAAUGCUCUUGGUGGUUCUGGUCACGUUUCUUCUGAUCAUUGACCUUGUGAAAAAGAGACGACCCAGGAAUUUCCCUCCAGGGCCACAUCUCUUUCCUCUUGUGGGAACCUUUGUGGACUUUAAGCAGCCCCUCCAUCUUGCACUGCAGAAGCUUACCGGUCAGUACGGGAACAUCUUCAGUGUGCAGUUUGGAAGUCUGACUUUUGUGGUAGUCAACGGGUACCAGAUGGUGAGAGAAGCUCUUGUCCACCAGGCUGAAAUAUUUACAGAUCGGCCAAAUAUUCCACUCCUCCAAGAAAUAUUUAGAGGCUUUGGGCUCAUAUCAUCAAAUGGGCAUAUAUGGAGGCAGCAGAGAAAGUUUGCUUCAGCCACACUGAAAAGCAUUGCUGUAAGUUUUGAGGAAAAAGUGCAAGAUGAGAGCCGGUACCUUGUGGAAACGAUUGAGGAGGAGAAAGGACAGCCAUUUGACCCUCAUUACAAAAUUAAUAGUGCUGUUUCGAAUAUCAUCUGUUCCAUAACUUUUGGGAACCGCUUUGACUACCAUGACAACCGUUUCCAGGAAUUACUGCACUCACUGGCUGAAACACUGCUGCUCAUCGGAAGUUUCUGGGGCCAGCUGUAUAAUGCUUUUCCUUCGGUCAUGAGAUGGCUGCCAGGACCCUUUAGGAAAAUCUUCAGGCACUGGGAGAAGCUCCGAUAUUUUGUGAAAGGAGUGAUUGCAAAGCACAAGGAGGAUUUCGACCAGUCCGAGGCAGGAGAUUAUAUUGACUAUUACCUGAAGGAAAUAGAAAAGGAUGACUCCAGCUCAUAUUUCCAUGAGGAAAACCUGCUGUGCUCCACCCUGGACCUCUUCUUAACUGGGACUGAGACAACGGCAACCGCCAUCCGCUGGGCUCUGCUCUACAUGGCCGCGUACCCCCACAUUCAGGAGGAAGUGCAGCUUGAAAUCGACACGGUGAUUGGCCAGUCCCGCCAGCCCACGAUGGCUGACAAGGAGAACAUGCCAUACACUAGUGCGGUGCUGAGUGAGGUCCUGCGGAUGGGCAACGUUGUGCCACUGGGGGUGCCCAGGAUGUCCACCAGCGACACCACUCUGUCUGGCUUCCACUUGCCCAAAGGCACCACCCUGAUGACCAGCCUGACUUCGAUAAUGUUCGACAAAAAUGUGUGGGAGACUCCAGACACCUUUAAUCCUGAACAUUUCCUGGAAAAUGGCCAGUACAGGAGGCGGGAGGCUUUUCUGCCCUUCUCUGCAGGCAAGCGGGCUUGUCCUGGAGAGCAGCUUGCCAGGACCGAGCUCUUCAUCUUCUUCACAGCCCUCCUCCAGAAGUUCACCUUCCAGGCGCCGGCGGCUACUGCCCUGACCUUCGCCUUCACACUCAGCCUCACACGCUGCCCCAAGCCCUUCCAGAUCUGCGCGAUGCCUCGUGACUGA